AUGACUCCUCCCAACCCGUUCUUGCGUGACACACAUGCUCACACUCUUCUAAGCUCAAUUCUACUUUUUGCGGACGACUUGAAAUUUCGGAGUUUCAACGCCAGUGUCCUCCAAAUGGAUGCAGAGGCUGUACACCAGCGUAUAGCUCAAUGGAUCGCUGAGGUGCGCAAACCGUCACACCACGGUGAGGUCCAGUCUCUUCGUGACGGUUCAGCGAACGUCCUUGUAGUGCGUGGUGAGAAUGGACUAGGACACGUUAAGAGGAUAGAUAACAAAAAUAUUUUAGGCAUCCGGCAUUUUCAAACAUGUUCUCAAUAUAGCAUGAAAAAUUUACUCAAAAGGCGUUCGCCGUUCUAUGAAUGA